GAGCCUGCUGCAACUAUUGAUCAUUCACAAGUGGCACAGUUGAUGCAGAUUGAUGUGGGAUCCUCGGCUACCCCAUCCAACUCUCAAGUGGAACAGAGUUGUCAAACAAGAAUUAGUUUAAGUCAACAUCCUGGCACUUCAAAACAAGAAAAAAUUGUCAAACCGCACGAAUGUGAGCAAUGUGGUAAAUUGUUUUCUUCUAAACUGAUGCUUGAGGCUCACGUUAAACAUCACAGUGAUUCUGUGGGAGGCAAAUGCGGGGAAUGUCAGAAGGAAUUCAAACACAAAAAAAACUUAAGUAGACAUAUGCGGACACAUCACUCUCCAGAGAUGUCAACUUUUCAAUGUGAAAAAUGUCCAAAAAAGUUCAAAACAAAAGAUACAUUAACACAUCAUAUUAAAUAUGUUCACGACAAUGUAGAAAGGUUCACCUGUGAAAGAUGUGGAAAGUCUUACAAAAGAAGAAAGGACCUAUUCAGCCAUAAGAGGUUAAAGAAGCAUUAA